AACACAAAACCAGGCAACUACUUUUCAAGUGAGUGUCUGUCUCUGUCUGUAUGUUAGUGAAAUAUGGCAGAAGCUCGUAUUUUUGAGGACAAGUUCAGCUGUUCAGUGUGUUUGGAUCUCCUGAAGGAUCCAGUGACCAUUCCCUGUGGACACAGUUACUGUAUGAGCUGUAUUACAAAGUGCUGGGAUCAGAAUGAGAUGGGAAUCUACAGCUGCCCUCAAUGCAGACAAACCUUCACACCAAGACCUGUUUUAUUUAAAAAUGUGAUGUUUGCUGAAAUGGUGGAGGAACUGAAGAAGACAAAACUUCAGACUGCUGUUCCUGCUGGCUCUUAUGCUGAAGCUGGAGAUGUGGAGUGUGACGCCUGUACUGAGAGAAAAUACAAAGCUGUCAAGUCCUGUCUGGAGUGUCUGAAGUCUUACUGUCAAAAUCAUCUUAAACAACAUGAAAAUCUCUUCAAUGACAGGAGGCAUCAUUUGAUGAAUCCCACCAGACAACUUCAUGAGAUGAUCUGCUCAAAACAUAAUAAACAACUAGAAAUCUACUGUCGCACCCACCAACACUGCAUUUGUUAUCUGUGUACGAUGGAUGAACAUAAAAACCAUGUUACUGUGACAGCUGUAGCAGAAAGAACUGAGAAACAGAGAGUUUUGGGAGAGAGACAGAGAAAAUUACAUCAGAUAAUUGAGGAGAGAGAGAAGGAGCUUCAGGAGCUGAGAGAGGCUGUGGACUCUCAUGCGCGCUCUGCACAGACAGCAGUGGAGGACAGUGAGAGGAUCUUUAUUGAACUGAUCCGAUCCAUUGAGAGAAGACGAUCUGAGGUGACACAACUGAUCAGAGAUCAGGAAAAAACUGCAGUGAGUCGAGCUGAAGGAGUCAUGAAGUGUCUGGAGCAGGAGAUUGAUGAUCUGAGGAGGAGAGACGCUGAACUGAAGCAGUUUUCACAUACAGACAAUCACAUCCAUUUCCUACAGGGUUUUCAGUCUCUGUCUGCAGCUCCUGAGUCUUCAGUCUCACACAGAUUUACUCUCAGCUCUCUCCUCUCUUUUGAUGAUGUGAGAAAAUCUCUCUCUCAACUGAAAGACAAACUGGAGGAUUUCUUUAGAGAGGAGAUAAAGAAGAUAUCUGAUAAAGUUAUAUAUAUCUCAGUUAUUUCUGAUGAAUUAAGGACCAGGGAGGUUUUCUUACAAUAUUUCAAGCAGUUCACACUGGAUUCAAACACAGUGAAUAAAUGGCUUCAUCUGUCUGAUGGGAACAGAACGGCUACUAACACUAACACAGUCCAUCAGUAUCCUGAUCAUCCUGACAGAUUUGAUCACUGGCAGCAGGUGUUGUGUAGAGAGAGUUUGUAUGGACGCUGUUACUGGGAGGUUGAGUGGAGUGGUGAGGUGUUAAUAUCAGUGUCAUAUAAGAGCAUCAGCAGGAAGGGAGAGGGUCGUAGGUAUUUGUUUGGAUGUAAUGAUCAGUCCUGGAGUUUGUGCUGCAGUGGCUCCAGCUGCUCAUUUAGGCACAAUAACAAACUCACUAAACUCCCUGUAGUGUCAAGCUCCUGUAGAAUAGGAGUGUAUGUGGAUCACAGUACAGGAUCUCUGUCCUUCUACAGCGUCUCUGAUACAAUGAACCUCAUACACAGAGUCAACACCACAUUCACUCAAACACUUUAUCCUGGGUUUUUGAUCGGUUCAGGUUCAGCGAAGUUAUGUAAUCCAGCAGUGUAGAUGAGAUAAGAACAUUAUUCUUCCAUCUGCUCCUUUCUGAUCAUGGAAAUGUAAAGGAAAAUUCAAAUUAAAUGUAUGUGCCUUGUAUAAAUAAUGCAUUUUCAUGAAAAGAAUAAAAGAGAAAUGAAAUGAAAAAAAAAUGAAAAAAAGAUGACAUGAAAAUUCUCUAAGUAAUGCUGUAAACUUUGACUAAAAUUAUAAUUCAGUUUAUUCACUGAACACAUUUACCUGUCCCUGGGCCUUGUUGGUUUUAAGAGUUUCCACAGUCAAUCUUGUUAUCUUGUGAAGUUGAUCAUAGAUAUUUUACAAAUAAUGCUGUUCAAUUCAGUGUUAUUAGGGGUGAUUGGGACAGCAUUAUAGGGGAAAUAAAAAUCUGAAAAUGAAGAAAACUUGAUCAUUCAGAAUGGUUAUUGUAAGACUACAAGUGUAAUUGAAAUGCAAGGCACUUAACAGAGAUUUUUUUUAAAUAUAAGCUAACACAUGAAGUUUGUCUUAAUUAGGCCUGGGGCGGUAACCGGAUUACCGCCAUACCGCGGUCACGUGACCCAUGCCGCGGGUCUGAGCUCCUCACCGUCAUAACCGCAAAAAAAAAAAAAAAAAACUUGAAACAUUGGCCUGCACCUGUGUGUUAUGUGCGGAUGUUAUACACGCAGCUUGUUAACAACCGCAACUUGUUAACUGAACAUUAACUGAUAUGAUUUUAAUAUUAAAUUGUCAUUGAGUAGAAAUACAGGUGACGUUGUCUGUCACUCGUUUAAAGUAGAGUUGCUGUUCAAACGUGCUGAGAAUCCUCCUUUUACGGAAGUAAAGAUAACAACCAUGCAUUAGGAAAAUGAAUAAUUGCUUUAUUUAGGCUAUAGUAUAUUUUCUAUAGACGUGUAAAACCAUAUUUUGGCGGAUUGUUUUUUACUUUCAUUGUUUUUACUAGUUUGCCUGCCCAUUUAGUCUUAAUAAUUAAUGGAACCUAAACGAA